AGUGUUUUGUUGACAUUUCGCUCUGAUUAUGAAAAUUGUUGAUAAAUGUAACUGUUAAAACAGGAAUUUAGGUUUUUACUUCUAAUCCAUCCGAAAUUCAGCGUUUGAUUACCAAUGGCGUCGUCUCAAGACGCUUGGUAUCUUUCGCUCCUAGGGCUAGCAGAAAACUUCCGGACGUCAAAUAGAAUCAAAAUGUGUAUUCAAUGUCUGCAAGCUGUGUUCAGUUUCAAGCCACCACCAAGAGUUGAAGCUAGAACUCAUCUGCAAUUGGGAAAUAUUUUAUUACAAUAUACUAAAAAUACAGAUCUCGCUCGAACACACCUCGAACAAGCUUGGCUAUUAUCACAAGCCAUCAACGCAUUUGAUGAUGUAAAAUUUGAAGCUGCUAGUGUAGUAGCUGAACUUUACCAACAACAAAAUCAAUCAAAUUUAGCAAAGCCUAUUUUAAGAAAAGCUGUUGAAUUAUCACAACAUAACAUCUACUGGCAUUGUCGAUUAAUAUUUCAAUUAGCACAAAUACAUGCUGUUGAAAAAGAUUAUGAGUUGGCAAGUAGUUUGUUAGGAGUAGGUGUUGAUUAUGCUCAUAUAUCAUCUGCAGCUUAUACUAGAGUUCUUUUUCUACUUAGUAGAUGCAUGUUACUUUUAAUAGAUAAAAAAAUUACUGAAGUUUCACCUCUACUUACUCAAGCUGGAUAUUUAGUUGAUAACUGGCAAGCUAGUCAAUAUCAAAAAGAGUAUCUUAAAGUCUUCUUUCUAGUUUUACAAGUGUGUCAUUAUUUAAUGUCAGGACAAGUUAAAAGUGUAAAACCAUGCUUAAAACAACUACAACAAAGUAUUUUAACAAUUAUGCAACCAACGUGGCCGUCUGAUGAAGUUGUAUGUGGAUCAAACAUGGGUGAUAUGUUUAUUUGGAUGCCUAAAGAACAACUUUAUGUAGUUGUAUAUUUAGUGACCGUGAUGCAUAGUAUGCAAGCAGGGUACAUGGAUAAAGCUCAAAAAUACACUGAUAAAGCUUUGGCUCAAAUUGAGAAACUUAAAGCUGGAGAAAAUAAAACUCCAAUUCUAUCAGUAUUUCAACUGAUGUUAUUAGAAAAUAUGGUCAUGUGCCGUCUAGUAACAGGAAACAAAUCACAAGCUUUACGUGAAAUGUCUCAAGUAUGCAGUAUAUGUCAAAAACAUCCACGAUUAUUAACUACUCAUCGCCCUCAACUUCAUAUGCUUAUUGGACUUUAUGCAAUGAGCAUGAACUGUAUGGAUGCUGCAGAAAUACAAUUCACAACUUCAUUAAGAUUUUCUCAAGAACGUGAAUUAUGGACAUUUGCUAAUCUUAAUUUAGCUAUUGUUUACCUAAGAACAAAACGAGAUGCAGAUUUAAAUGCCCUUUUAGAUCGUAUUAACCCUGAAACUUUGACGUCACAUUCACAUAGUCUUAGAGCUGCAGCGUAUUAUGUUCAAGGUUUACAGUCAUUUUUCCAAGCACGGUAUAAUGAAGCUAAGAGAUAUUUGAGAGAAACCCUAAAAAUGGCAAAUGCAGAAGAUUUAAAUCGAUUGACUAGUUGUUCUUUAGUAUUACUAGGUCACAUUUUUUUGUCAUUAGGUAACAGUAGAGAAAGUAUGAAUAUGGUCACUCCAGCAAUGCAAUUAGCAAGUAAAAUUCCUGAUGUACAUGUUCAGUUAUGGGCUUCAGCUAUUCUCAAAGAUCUCUAUAGAAUGUGCAACGAUCCAGUCAGAGAAAAUGAAGCUCUUCAAAUGCACAGUAAUUUUUCUCAAACUUUAUUAAAAGACCACUAUCAAUCAUCAGAAAUGCCAGAACACACUCUAAUAUCCUGGACAGAUGGACCAUUUCCAAUUUCUUUGAAACCUUCUGUAUCACCUCCUCAAUCUCAUCAACUUCAAAUACAGCAACAAUUACAUAUGCAGCAGCAAAUACAUAUGCAUCAACAAUCUAUGCACAUGCAACAACAACAACAACAUCAUAUUAUGCAAUUGCAAUCAGCACAACAAAAUCCUUCUUCCCUUGGACUUCCAUCUUAGCAAAUAUUAUUUAUUAAAUCCAUGUAUACCUACUACACCAUCGAAAUUUGCUUACAAAUAUUGUUAUUGAAGGCUUCUAGUGAAAUUUGUAGCUACAUAUUUACUUUUGUAUUGUGUACAUAUCAUGUAAAUAGCAUUUAUUAAAAAUUAUCUUUUUCAUGUUAUCUUCAUUAAAUUGUAGAUCAAUAAUUUUUAGUUGAAGGAUUUUUUUUAAUUAUUAUUAAUGUCCUAAUAAUGAAAAAGUAUUCAUUGGAAGUUCUAUGCACUUAAUUUUGUAUAGUAAUAUUAUAGAUUGAACUGAAUCUAAAAUAUAAUCAAUUUUAACCCAAUAAGUGACAUAAUAAUUAUUACAAUAGUUUAGAUUG